GGGCUGACCAGAGUCCCGGAGUCUGGAGCGCGAUGGCGGCAGAGCAGGACCCCGAGGGGCUCGCGGCGGCGCGGCCGCUGCUCACCGACUUCUACCAAGCAACCAUGGCGCUGGGCUACUGGCGCGCGGGCCGGGCGCGAGACGUUGCUGACUUCGAGCUCUUCUUCCGCCGCUGCCCAUUCGGCAGCGCCUUCACCUUGGCCGCCGGCUUGCGCGAUUGCGUGCGCUUCCUGCGAGCCUUCCGUCUGCGGGACGCAGACGUACAGUUUCUGGCCUCAGUGCUGCCCCCCGACACGGACCCCGCGUUCUUUAAGCACCUUCGGACCCUCGACUGCUCCGAGGUGACAGUGCGAGCCCUGCCUGAGGGCUCCCUCGCUUUCCCAGGCGUGCCACUGCUGCAGGUGUCGGGGCCGCUCCUGGUGGUGCAGCUGCUGGAAACGCCGCUCCUCUGCCUGGUUGGCUAUGCCAGCCUUGUCGCCACCAACGCAGCCAGGCUUCGCCUGAUCGCAGGGCCGGAGAAGCGGCUUCUGGAGAUGGGGCUGCGGCGCGCGCAGGGGCCAGACGGGGGCCUCACAGCCUCCACCUACAGCUACCUGGGCGGCUUCGACAGCAGUAGCAACGUGCUUGCUGGGCAGCUUCGGGGCGUGCCGGUGGCCGGGACCCUGGCCCACUCUUUCGUCACUUCCUUUACAGGCAGUGAGGUGCCCCCUGACCCGAUGUUGGCUCCAGCUUCUGGUGAGGGUCCUGGGGUGGACCUGACUGCUAACACAAAGAUGUGGCUGGAGCGUGUGUGUGCCAUCCUGGGACUUGGGGUGCAAGAGCCACACCCGGGCGAGCGAACAGCUUUUGUGGCCUAUGCUCUGGCCUUUCCCCAGGCCUUCCAGGGCCUGCUGGACUCCUACAAUGUUCGGAGGAGCGGUCUCCCCAAUUUCCUGGCAGUGGCACUGGCUCUAGGGGAGCUGGGCUACCGGGCAGUGGGUGUGAGGCUGGACAGUGGUGACCUGCUUCAGCAGGCCCAGGAGAUCCGAGGGGUCUUCCGAACCAUUGCAGCCCAAUUCCAGGUGCCCUGGCUGGAGUCAGUCCCUAUCGCGGUCAGCAACAACGUUGAUGAGAAGGAGCUGACUCGGCUAUCCCAGGAGGGCAGUGAGGUGAACGUCAUUGGCAUUGGCACCAGUGUGGUCACCUGCCCCCAACAGCCUUCCCUGGGCUGUGUCUAUAAGCUGGUGUCCGUGGGUGGCCAACCACGAAUGAAGCUGACUGAGGACCCCGAGAAGCAGACUUUGCCAGGGAACAAGGUGGCCUUCCGGCUCCUAGGCUCUGAUGGGUCUCUACUGAUGGACUUGCUGCAGUUAGCAGAAGAGCUACCACCACAGGCUGGGCAGGAGCUGAGGGUUUGGCCUCGAGGGGCCCAGGAGCCCUGUACUGUGAGGCCAGCCCACGUGGAGCCACUGCUUCAACUCUGCAUCCAGCAGGGACAGCUAUGUGAGCCGCUUCCAUCUCUGGCAGAGUCCAGAGCCUUGGCCCAGCUGUCUCUGAGCCGCCUCAGCCCUGAGCACAGGCGACUGCAGAGCCCUGCACGGUACCAGGUGGCACUGUCUGAGAAGUUGCACGCUCUGGUGGACAGUUUUCAUGUAGAAGGACUCCCGUGAGAAUCCCAGUGGUGGGGGCUGCUUAGAAACAACACGAGUCACUUGCUUUCUGUC